AUGGAGAAGAACGCGCCAACCCCGCCAGCGGACGAUGCGCCUGAUUCCAGUACUGCAUCCCAGCAGCCUAUCCUCCCUCGAGACCGUCAGACACGGACGGCAACCUAUGACUAUGCUUAUGAGAAGUCAAUGAGCCAUGCGGAGGCACGACUGUUCUACCAGCGGCAUCAGCUUGCCUCCCGCAGUGUAGAUGGCGACUUCCCCCAGAGCCCUGACAUGCCCCCAAGAUCGGUCCCCGUCCUGCCCAGCAACGGCCCAACAUCUGGAAGUAAUUUUGAUAAUGAGUCGAUUAGCAGCAUGCUGCCAGGGCCAUCGUACUCGGUGACAUCGACUCCUCCGGCAAACUCGCUGCAGAUGCGCCGCGAGAACAGCAGUUUUAGCAUCGCCGAGCGGUCCGCUAGAGCUCAUGUCCUCCCAACUGUAGGCAUGCCUGGCAAUUCUUCUUCGCACAGUGCUAUUCAAGGUAAUGUUGGGAUGAGUGUUGGUACAGGAAUACCGUACGCAAUUGGAGGCUAUGCGUCUAAUGACGGGGCAAUUACGGCUGAAUUAAGUGCCAUAUGCCGCAAGAUCCAGAGCCUGCUGGAUACUAGACAUAAGUACAUGCGUCUUUCUUUCCAACGGCCAGGUGACAACCCCAGAGAUGAGCCCGGCUGGGUCAUUUAUCCUCCCCCACCUGAGCCAGCGUGGGAAGAAGAUAAAGAACGACUCGGAACCGGGAGCAUGUCCAGUAGCUUCAUAAUGGCUGCGAAAGGCGGGUCUAAACCAGGUGAAUCAGAUGGAUUCCCGCCUGCGAGCUCGGCCAAGAAGAAGCGAAAGCCUGGUCAAGAUAUUGGAGAAGACUUUGACAUGAACGAUCUGCUUCCGCUGCCUGAAGCAUCGAGCAUGACUUUCAAGUUGGAUGACAACAGCGUUUACCAGGUUUAUGAGACCAAAGCCGCCUGUGACCUGAACCAGCCUGUCAUCCAGAUCCCAUCCAUUCGUGAUUUUUAUAUGGACCUGGACGGCGUACUUGAUGUGUCUACAGAUGGCCCUGUGAAGUCAUUUGCAUUCAAGCGUCUAUCUUAUUUGGAGGGUAAGUUCCAGCUGCAUACGCUGCUGAAUGAGUACCAGGAACUUGCAGACAGUAAGAAAGUGCCACAUCGAGACUUUUACAAUGUCCGCAAGGUUGAUACCCACGUUCACCAUUCGGCAUGUAUGAACCAGAAGCAUUUGCUCAGAUUCAUCAAGAGUAAAAUGAAGAAGUGCCCAGACGAGGUGGUGCUUUUCAGAGAUGGGAAACACUUGACCUUGAAGGAAGUCUUUGAGAGUAUCAACCUUACGGCCUAUGACUUAAGUAUCGAUACUCUGGACAUGCAUGCGCAUACGGAUUCGUUCCACCGAUUCGACAAAUUCAAUCUCAAAUACAACCCUAUUGGCGAGUCACGUCUACGAGAGAUCUUCCUCAAGACAGACAACUACAUCAAAGGAAGAUAUUUGGCUGAAAUUACUAAGGAAGUAAUGUCUGACCUUGAGUCGAGUAAAUACCAGAUGGUAGAAUGGCGAAUUUCCAUCUACGGCCACUCCCUGGCUGAGUGGGACAAACUGGCUGCUUGGGUUGUCGACAACAAGCUCUUCUCCCCCAACGUGCGCUGGCUCAUCCAGGUACCUCGGCUCUAUGAUGUAUUCAAGUCAAGCGGUAAGAUAGAGAACUUUGAAGAUAUUGUCCGCAACGUCUUCCAGCCGCUAUUCGAAGUCACCCAGGAUCCCAAUAGCCAUCCGAAACUGCACAUCUUCCUGCAGCGCGUAGUUGGUUUCGACAGCGUUGACGAUGAGAGCAAGGCAGAGAGGAGACUGUACCGCAAGUUCCCAGUCCCUAAGCAAUGGGAUACCAAGCAGAACCCGCCUUACAGCUACUGGAUCUACUUCAUGUUUGCAAACAUGGCAUCACUCAACACAUGGAGAAAGCAGCGCGGGUUCAACACCUUUGUGCUCCGCCCGCACUGUGGAGAAGCUGGGGAUCCCGACCAUCUUGCAUCAUCCUUCCUGUGCUGCCAGGGUAUCUCGCAUGGAAUUCUGCUCCGUAAAGUGCCGCUGCUGCAGUACCUGUUCUACCUAGACCAGAUUCCGAUCGCCAUGUCACCAUUGAGCAACAACGCACUGUUUCUGAGUUACGAUAAGAACCCGUGCGCCAAUUACUUCCGCAAGGGCCUGAAUAUCUCGCUCUCCACUGACGACCCGCUGCAGUUUGCCUUUACGAAGGAACCGCUGAUCGAAGAAUAUUCCGUUGCCGCGCAGAUCUACAAGCUUAGUGCUGUUGACAUGUGUGAGUUGGCCAAACACAGCGUAGACCAGAGCGGCUUCGAGUUGGCGUUGAAACAGCGUUGGCUGGGGAGUAAAUGCCAUCUCCCCGGCCUGGAGGGCAACAACAUGGCAAAGAGUAACGUGCCGGACUUACGAGAGGCGUUUAGAUAUGAGACGCUGACAGGAGAGCUAUCGCUGCUCGACCGCUAUGCAUCCGCCACACCGAACAACACCCACACUCCCAAGACACUAACCAAGGUUCCCUCGUUCUCUUACCUGAAAAACAGCGAGACCUCGUCUCCCAGCGCUGCCGGGGGCCCUGGCAGCGGCCCUCCAGAGCAGGGAAGUACAGCAGCAGCAGCGACUGCUCACACUCCCGGUCGCCAUCCCUCGCAGUCCGAUGUAGAGUCGUACGCCCACUCGAGCAAGCCCCAGACCGCCAGUGGCACGCCACAGGAACACGGCUUUAGCUCGAUGCCAGCGCAGGCGAUAUUCCCGGGAAUCGUGCAUGCGCGAGCUCGCAAAGACAGCACCUUUUCGCGGCCUUCCGAGGAUCCAGCGGCUUCGGAGGACGCACAUGAGCGGUCUUCGGCGCAGGGAGGGCACAUCUGGCGGUCGGAGGACCUCGACAGCGACGACGACUGA